AUGGUAAACUCCUACACGCUCCUUGCUGAUUUGAAGGCCGGCCGGUGCUCGAACACGGCAGAGGUUCGACUUCUUCGGCUUUGGGAGGCGAGAAACACCAGCCUGAACAGCAGACGUUCAGGGGAACUCAUGAGCAUUGACAUGUUGUUUGUCGAUGAAAGUUCAUCAGCUGGGCAAGGUUUAACAACCACUUAG